UUUAACGAAUUAUUCAAUCAUGAAGUGUGCCAUCUUCUUCUGCCUUUUGGCGUGUUGUGCUUUUCAAACCGUCUUCUCAAAUGCAUUACACCAGGCUAUAGAAAUGUUACGUUCCGAAAGUAUGAAAAAAAUCUCUGAAGUUGAGGAUAGAUUACACUCUGCUAUUGCGGCUGAGUUUGAAGCUGCGGAGCGGAAAGGAGUACACUAUACAAGUCUAUACGCUUGUGGGAAUCAUUUUGACGAUUUCUGGCAUAAAUAUAUUAAUCCUGCAACUGUUCAAUGCAUGCAUUGCCGUGAACAAAUCAUUAAUAUUAAAAAAGUUCAGGCUGCGAGAAAGUGUUCUUUUGAUGUUAUUGCUUCAGUAGAACACCAGGCAAAAUUAACUUUAGCUAAAGUUCAGUCAUGUACUAUGGGAUUCAUUCAUGAAGUGCAGGCAUUAGUAAGAGGACCUCGAAGUGGACGAAAAAACAUACAAAUACAUCCAAACGGGCAUUUAUAGUAUACUGACAACAAUAGACAAUUUCAAAACUGAAAUUCAUUAAAUUUACGUUUUUUGUAAUUGACUGUUCCUUUAUACCUAAAUCAUUCGAUUAAGGAGGGAAU